CAAAAUGGCACCGUCUCAAUCAGGAAGUGGAGAAAACAACUAAGAAGAAUAAGUUGGAUAAAAUCGCUAUUUGCUGUUACUUUGACGCGAGUCUUCGUUGAAAACCAUACCGUGUGGUCGGGGUUUGGAUUGAGAAUAAGAAACAUAUUGAUGGUCAUGGAAAGCAUUUGCUCGUGUUAGAAGUACUUUCUGGGACACAGCCAGCACGUGGGUGGUGGUCGGAGGGAACAUAACCUAAGUCAGCUGGUGGUCAUGUGUGAAGCUCUGGUCUGAUGCCCACCCUCCCCUCAGCACUGGCCAUGGACGGGGAGAACUACCUGCAUCCAGAAGGCCCUCAGCUGGACAGCAGCUUGUUCUCGGUGGCCUCCCCUAACAUAGAGAGUUCAAUAUAUCCCUCCUCUGGUUCCUGGGGAUCCUAUUCUCAGCAGCCUGGAUACAACAUACACUGCCCUAUGCAAUCUGGAAACCAGCAAUACCACUUGAACAGCAGCACUACUACCACCACCACUCCGGAUGUGCACAUGGACAUGUACUCGGGAUUCCCUGACGUCGACUUUUCCGGCCUCAACCUCCCUAGGAAUGGAGACUUCCCCCAGGACCUGUCCUGCAUUGAUGACCUCUCUACAAACUCCCUGUUCUCCUCUCCGGCUGACUCGCUGUCGGAGUAUGCUGAUGCACAGCCCUUCAUCAGCCCAGACAACCUGAAUACAGUGCCCACCCUCUGGGACGUCAACACUAGUACCACCACCACACCAGCACAGAGCCAGCUAGAGCAGAAUGGCACCAGCAGGUUUCAUGGCUUGGCCAGUUUGGAUGAUAUAAAUGCUAUUAUCAGCACCCCACCUUUCCAGCCUCCGAGAACACAGCCGCCCCCAGAGGAGGAAGAGGAUGCUGAGGAAGAGGAGACUGAUGAACUGGGACAUGUAGACACAUAUGCUGAGUACAGACCCUCCAAAUCCACUAUUGGAAUUUCUCAUCCUGACAUAGUGGUGGAGACCAGCACACUAUCCAGUGUCCCUCCUCCUGACGUCACAUACACUCUGUCUAUCCCUGAGCCAACUAUCAGCGGAGGCCUGCUGUCCGCUCUGCAGCUAGAGGCUAUUGUAUACGCCUGCCAGCAACAUGAAGUUAUCCUGCAGAACAACCAGAGGGCGGGCUUCCUGAUUGGAGAUGGGGCUGGGGUUGGAAAGGGACGUACUGUGGCAGGAAUCAUCCUGGAGAACAACCUUAAGGGAAGGAAGAAAGCACUAUGGUUCAGCAUAUCCAAUGACCUGAAAUUUGAUGCAGAGAGAGAUCUCAAAGACAUAAAUGCAUCAACUAUUCCUGUGCAUGCCUUAAACAAGAUUAAGUAUGGAGACACAGCUACCUCAGAAGGAGUCCUGUUCGCAACUUACUCUGCGUUGAUCGGAGAGAGCCAGGCUGGAGGGCAGCACCGGACGAGAAUCAAACAGAUCCUGGACUGGUGCAAGCCAGACUUUGACGGAGUUAUCAUUUUUGAUGAAUGCCACAAAGCCAAGAAUGCCACAUCUACAAAGAUGGGCAAGGCGGUGCUUGACCUGCAAAACAAGCUGCCCCGGGCCAGAGUGGUGUAUGCCAGUGCCACAGGUGCCUCUGAGCCAAAGAACAUGAUCUAUAUGAGCCGCCUGGGAAUCUGGGGUGAGGGCACGCCCUUCAGAGCAUUUGAAGACUUCCUGCAUGCCAUCGAGAAAAGAGGUGUCGGUGCCAUGGAGAUCGUUGCCAUGGACAUGAAAGUGAGCGGGAUGUACAUUGCCAGGCAGCUGAGCUUCUCAGGGGUGUCUUUCCGCAUUGAAGAGAUCGGACUGGACAGUGACUUCAAACUGGUCUAUAACAAAGCCGCCCGACUGUGGGCAGAGGCGCUGCAGGUGUUCAUGCGUGCAGCGGAUGAGCUGGGCCUGGUCAGCCGGAAGUCACUGUGGGGGCAGUUCUGGGCGUCUCACCAGCGCUUCUUCAAAUACCUCUGUAUCGCAGCCAAAGUGCGCUGCCUGGUGGAGCUGGCCAAAAAAGAGCUGCAAGCCGGAAAGUGCAUCGUUAUCGGGCUGCAGUCGACCGGAGAAUCUCGCACCAGAGAAGUCCUGGAUGAGAAUGACGGGCACCUCGACAGAUUCGUCUCUGCCGCAGAGGGAGUAUUCCAGUCGCUUGUAACAAAACAUUUCCCGUCAGAGAAACAGAGGAGAGAGAAAGCCCAGGGCACUAAGAGAAAACGGAAGCCAAGGGGUCGCCAGGCCAAGGUACCCAAGCACACCGUGGACAGCGGGGGUGUGAUCAACAUCAGCGACGACAGCAGCAGUGACUCCGACGGCAUGGACACGGACUCCAACUCCUCACCAGACUCGCUGCUAGACAAUGAUGAUGUCAUUUUUGUUAACCACACUAGCCACCAGACAGCCAGGAUAGAGGAGAUGAAGCAGGGCCUCCUCAACAAAAUCUCCAUGCUGGGAAAAGAACUACCUCUCAAUACCUUGGACGAGCUCAUUGAUAAGUUUGGAGGACCAGAUAAAGUCUCAGAGAUGACUGGUCGUAAGGGUCGUGUGGUGCGGCGUCCUGAUGGCACCGUCAACUACGAGUCUCGGGCGGAGCAGGGUCUGACCAUCGACCACAUCAACAUCAAGGAGAAGGAUCGCUUCAUGAGUGCAGAGAAGUACGUGGCCAUCAUCUCUGAGGCGGCCAGCUCUGGGAUUUCCCUGCAGGCAGACAAGAGAGUGAAGAACCAGAGGCGCAGGGUCCACAUGACCUUAGAGCUGCCUUGGAGUGCAGACAGGGCUAUUCAGCAAUUUGGUCGUACCCAUCGGUCCAAUCAGGUGACGGCUCCAGAGUACAUCUUCCUCAUUUCAGAGUUGGCCGGGGAGAGACGUUUUGCCUCCAUUGUGGCAAAGAGACUAGAGAGUCUGGGUGCAUUAACCCACGGAGACAGAAGAGCCACAGAAUCCAGAGACCUGAGCAAGUACAACUUUGAGAACAAGUAUGGCACCAAGGCUCUAGAUAAAAUCACCAAAGCAAUCCUUGGCCAUAUAGAGAACAAGGUCCCCCCUCCCAAAGGAUACCCUGGGGGUGAAGCCAUGUUCUUCAGAGAGAUGAAGCUUGGGAUGAUGGAUGUAGGAAUCUUUUGUAGGGAGCCACGCUUUGGGAUCAAUACUGAGAAAGACUGCAGCAUCACAAAGUUCUUAAACCGCAUCCUUGGCCUGGAGGUCCACAAGCAGAACCAUCUCUUCCAGUACUUCACUGACAACUUUGACUAUCUGAUCGAGAAGGAUAAGAAGGAGGGCAAAUAUGACAUGGGAAUCCUAGACCUCGCUCCAGGUAACGACGAGAUCUACGAGGAGAAGCAGGAAACUUUCAUGACAGUUGGAAACCCUCAGGAUGGACAGGUUGUUCUCUAUAAGAUCAGUGUAGACAGAGGCAUGCCCUGGGACGAGGCCUUCAACAGGUCCCUGAAGCUCAGCGGUCCCGAUGAAGGAUUCUACCUGUCGCUGAAGUUGCGAGGGAACCACCCCUGUGUGCUGCUAGCUGAGCAGGGAAGAGGCAAGAACCUCAUCGUCUACAAACCCAAUAUCGGCAAGCAGACGCACCCCGAGAGCCUGGAAAACCUGCAGCAGCGCUACAGAAAGGUGACUCCAGAGGAAGCGCGGGACAGCUGGGAGAACCAGUUCACCUUCUCCUUCAAGAAGUGCAGCCACGCCAACUGGAAUGGGAAGUGUAAGAAGAUAGAGGAAGGUCAUGAGUGUCUGCAGGGCAUGCGCCUGCGUCAGUACCACAUGCUGUGUGGUGCUCUGCUGCGUGUGUGGAAGCGUGUAUCCGACGUGGUGUCGGACAUCACCAGCUCUAGCAUCCUGCAGAUUGUCCGCCUAAAAACCAAACAGCAUAACAAGCAAGUCGGUAUCAAGAUCCCGGAGAACUGUGUGGCCCGUGUGCGAGAGGAGCUGCUGCAGAUGGACGACGAGGUGAAGAGGAGGAGAAAGGAGCGGGUGCGGGAGCAGCAGGCAGUGGAGCAGCAGGCCGUGGAGCAGCAGGCCGUGGAGCAGCGGCUGGCUCAGGACCGCGUGUGUAAGAUGCAACAGGACAACAAACACCUCCUGGCCAAUCUGUUUAGCCACAAGCCGAUGCUCAACCAGUCCCUCACCCAGACUCUCGCCCAGAGCCAGCUCCUCAAACAGAAACUGAACGAAAACGCUCAGCGAAGGCAAAUCAUGAGCGGCUCCCAGCAACAGAGACUGCAAGCCCAAGCCAAGUCCGCUUCACAGCAGCCCUCCAAGAACGUCCCCCUGCUGUCCUUACAGAGAAACCCCAGCCAAAUCCAGCAGAGGACCCACAACAGCUGGCCCAACACCUCCACCAACCUGGCCUCCAACACGGCCAGCAUCCGCUCCAAUUUCUCCCAGUUUUACACUCAGUCCAUUCAGUCUUUUAAUCAGAUGAAAAACGCUUCACUCCAACAGACGCUGUCGCCCAGCUUGUCCUCCAAGAAUCCCCUGGAGGACAUCUUGGAUCUGACUGUGGGCUCCCCGUCCCCCUCCCCGGACACCACGGACGGCGGGCUGAAUCUGGAAAGUCUGGCAGGCCACGCUGCAGCAUUCGCUGACGACUUUAAUCUGGAGUCUCUGAUCUCUCAGACUGCAUCGAAUGCUCAGCAGCAGGCUGCGCAGAUCCAGCAGCCGCUCUUAAUGCAGCGGCAGCAGCAGCAGCGCAGCCAGAACCUCCUGCCCAGUAACCACCAAGACUUGUUAGAUUUAUUUGACUUGCCCCUGUCUCCCCAGAUGCCCACACAGAAAGCCAGCCCUUCAUCCUCUACCUCCUCCUGCUCUUCCUCCGCGUCCUCCACCUCCAACAACCUAGUUCCUCACGUCUCCACCGGCCUCCCGCCCGCGUCCAGCCUCCUCCCAACCUCGUCCCCGUCUUCUCUCUUCUCCAGCCCGUCCUCCUCUCUGUUUUCCAACUCGUCGCCUCGCUUCUCGGCAAACUAUCUCCUCCCUCAUUCAGACUCGCUAUCUUUACCCAACGGACACCCCGGCACUCUGGACGUUCGCGAGGCUCUGAACAGUAUGCUGCAAGACGGCUCGGACCGCAAGUCCGUCAUAAAGUACCGGCCACAAGAAUAACAGCUCGAACAGAUCGUCUGGACUUUGAUUUUCUGUGUUGUCUUUUAAAAGCAGAUUGUGUUUUGUUUGCUGCUCUCUAUGAACGCACCCUCGGAUCUACCCUCCCCCUCAGGGCCUAUAGUCACGUCACUGCCUGUCCUGCGCUCGGCUCACCCUUCCCUUCACCCACCUGUAGCGUUCACCUGCUUUAGGCGAUAGCGGGCUCCAUCAAUAUCAGAUUUCUGCACCAAAGUGAAAGGCAGCUGUAUAAAAGAAGUGAAAAGUAAUAACUGUGUUUUAUUGAGCUGUCCAAACAAAAGCUCAUUCAUGGAGGUGUGGAAAUCUUUAAUAAACCUCCCGCUGCUGAUUUUACGAGGUAUGAUUGGUGAAGUUGCUGGAAGCUCUAAAUGCCUUUCACCGGUUUUAACCACAUCCUAGACUUUGCUUUACUGUUACUUCGCUUCAUGGCCGUUUUGUCUUGACUAAAACAAGGCUGUAUGCAAGGCUUGGUUUGAGUGAAACAAGAGAUACAUUGAACUGGAAGACGGGGGGGAAAGCAAACAGGUGAAAUCUUUUAGCUGAUAAGCCAUGAAAUGCCUCAGUUUUCCUUUUUUUCCUCCUACAUGCUCCCUCUUGUUUCCCUCCCUGCUUGUAUGAACACUAGUGUGAGGAAAAAGGGAGAGGAAGAGCAGUCUGCUGUUGCAAACAGUGCCUUUGGAAAAUUCUAUAAAUGCAGUCUUUAAAAAUCCAUGUAGCCUAAUGUAUAGAUUUGUACUCUUGAGUGUUGGUUUUUUCAUUUUUUAAUUUAAACAUGGUAUAUUUGUAUUUAUCUUUUAGCCCCCCUGAGUCCGUCAGUCGAUGUUUGUGUUACACUAUGCUGGUGAUGGGUUUCAGGAAGAAGCCGCCAUUACUCUGUGUGUGCUCGUAUGUAGCUGCUCUUGAAAUAAUAGAGCAGCGGACUUAUUUUUGUGUCCUUCUGUCCCUGUUGAUGCGAGCGACAGUGUGGUCAGUACGGCAUGGAUUAUUAUUGAGCAACAUGGUUAAAGACAAAAUGUCCAAAAAUGUCACCCCCCCCCUUUUUUAAAGCUGACAAUAACAUUUAGUGAUGUGACUCCUGGUUUGAUCUGAUUUUGAAUUUCUCAGGAAAGUCUCGAGUGUUUGGUUAUUGUUUUGUGUCAUUUCUACCAACAAACAUUUUGUUUUUAAGUACAGUGACAAAGAAUUGGUUAUUGUCUUGAUGUCUGAAAAAGAAACUCGUGUUGUUUUUAGCGAAAUCUGAGAUACUUUUCUCAUUCAAAUCUGUUUCCAUUUCCGCCAGCAAGACCAUAAAAACAUUUGAAACGUGCAGACUUGUGAUGUUCUCUGUGUAUGAUAGUACAUAUUUAAAAACCUGUGAGAUCUGGCCAUGUUUGUGUGGAAACGAUGCACUGUAGUUGGUUCAUGACAAAAUGCCGGGAUAAGUUCAAGUGAUCAAAAAGCAAUAAAACCAUAUUCUACAUUUUAUUUUGAAACAGAAAUGCCUAAGUACUGUUUACGCUCAACAGGCAAAGCUUUGUGGUUACCUUUGCAUGGUAUGAAUCUUUUACUUCUGUUGUGCUUCAUAGUCUUUUAGUUAAACAGAUUCUGAAAAGCAUACCACCUUUGUAUAGUAAGUUUUCACGGGAUGAGCGCAAUGCGUUCUUGAUGUUUUAGUCCUCGUUAUUAUAAAAAGUUAUUGUUAUUUAUAUUUAAGGGAUAUUUAGAUUUUAGAUAUGUUAUCCUGCUUAUUAGAAUAGUUAUGGAAAUGUUUUUGGUCAGGGAAGUUUCUAGUUUUCAAGAUUACUAUAAAACAAAUUCUAUUAUAACCUGCCACCAAAUACGAUUGCACUGUUCUGUACUGCUGUACAGUGUCUGGAUUUAUUUCUGCUCAUUUCAUUUUUUGCUUUCACUCAAAUUGUUUCUCCGACUCGUAGACCUUUUGUCAGGCCUCCAGUUUGCAGAGAGAUACCAAAGUAUUCCACAGACACCCCGAAAAGUUACUGGCUCUAAGAUAUCAGACCUUUUAUCAAUCUCAGGAAGAAACCAAGAGGUGUAACGGCGGGGCGUUAGCAGAAAUAUAUCAUAUCCCCUUUUAACAGCGGUGAAACUAACCGGUUCAUGUGCUAUUCUGUUCUUAACUGUGCUGUGACUCUUGCUGUAUUUAUGUUUUAGAAUUAAUGUGAUGGGUUUGUUGUUUGUCCUUGUGAACAUGUCAGUGAUUAUAAAUGUUUAUGCCUUCUUAGGGCAAAGAUCAACGGCUGUUUUUUUUUAAGGAACUUUUUUUUUCUUCUUCGGUGGAUAGUUUUAUUUGUGUUGGACAUUUAAUUCAUGUUAAAGCUGACAUACAGUUAUAGUCAAUUCUUGGCAUCUUGGUUAUACUCAUACGUGCAAUUGAUCUGUCCAAGCCUCAGCGUAACACAGAUUUAAAGGUCCAGACUCCCAGUUUCUCCGAUUCUUGAUAACGCUUCAUUUCUUUUCAUUUGCAACAUUACUAAAGCAUGUUUUGCUGGUACCUUCAAAUAUUUAGCUUUUAAUAUUCCUCAUCAGGCACAUUCCCAGACAUCAGUCUGCAAAAGACUUGCCUUCAUUUAGUUUUUAGAGUCACAAAAAUAAAGCUUUAUGCAUUUGAGGGAUUUGGACCGCGUUUUUAAGAAGAAAAAGCUUUGUUUUUAUUCUAGUUUUAGUGUUUUCAGGCCUUUUUAUCAUUUUAUUAUCAUUUUGCACUAAGAAUGGCAUAAUCAAGUUACUGUUCUCUUGUGGGUUAUGAUUGAGCGUUGCAAGCUUGCUGUUUUUCUCAUCUUUGAUGGAUAGCUCUGUGUAUACUGUAACCAUCUUUUCUUGUUUCUCCACCGUUUGCAUAUUACAUCAUCUUAUCACUCUCAAAAUAAUUUAUUGCUAACAAAAAAUGAAACAAAAAACAUGCUACUGAUUGUAUGUAUUUUUAAACAAAGCCUAUUUUUUCUGUAAAAAAAGAAACUGUGUUCAGCACUUUUAUUCUGGGUUGUGCUUUUGUUUUCUAUAUAUUUAUAAUUUAGAUCCAAAUGUAUAUAUUGUAAAAUUUGUGCCUUUCGACUAAUUCUUUAAAAAGGUUUUCUACUCAUUAAAGGAAGGACUAUAUGAAAUUGCAAUCUUAACUUUGUAAACAAAUAAAAACUUGAAGAUUGCUGAAA